AUUCUCUAAUCAUGUGUGCCAGUAGUGAUUUCAACGGAGGAUAUGGUGGAGGCCACAAACAUCCAAAGAGAGGAAGAGGGCGCUCCAAAUACGGAAAAGGUGUAGAUAAUGAAGUACGAAUUGUUCUUCUCGGAAAGACCGGAACAGGAAAAAGCGCCACCGGAAACACUAUUUUAAACGGUGAUUUCUUUGAUUCUUCGACUUCUGGCUCUUCUGUAACGUCACUUUGUACUAGCAAACAUACCCAACGGUUUGGCAAGGAUAUUCAAGUUGUUGAUACACCAGGAAUAUUUGAUACCAAUGCCCCAAAUGAUGUUGUUCAGAGAGAAAUUGCAAAAUGUAUCGGAAUCACUGCUCCUGGUCCGCACUGUUUUCUGCUUGUCCUCGGACUUUCCCGCUUUACACAGGAGGAAGAGGAGAGCAUUGGUCACUUUGUUACAUACUUUGGAAAGAAAGUAUUUCGAUAUUUCAUCAUACUCUUUACCAGAAAAGAUGACCUAGAUCACCACGGCUUGACAUUGGACGAUCACAUCAAAAGUGUUCCGCCAAGUCUGAAAUCAAUCAUUCGAAAGUGUGACAAUCGCUGUAUUGCCUUCAACAACCGAGCCACAAGCCCCGAACUGCAUGACCAAGUAGAAGAUCUUCUAGAAAUGAUAGACGAAAUCAUGCGCCAGAAUCAAGGAGAAUUUUACAGCGAUGAGUUGUACACAGAGGCAGAGAAAGUGAUGAAACACCGACAAUAUCAAAUUGAGAAAGAGAGAGAACGGGAGAAAGAGCGAGAGAGAAAGAAUAUUGAAAGAGAAUUAGAGCAGAAAUAUAAAAGUCACAUGGGAGCUCAUAUCCAGAACCAAAGCGCUCUAGAGCACCGCGUCGCAGAGCUUGAGUCCAGAAAACACUACCAAUCUAGCCGAACACCUAUACUUCAGCGAGAAAUAAGUGAGCUAAAGGAGCAGAUUGAUUACGAGAGACGCCAGUAUGGGAAACCAAGUUCCAACCUUUUGACCAAACUCAAACAACUUGAAGACGAGAGGGUAAGCAUGGGGUCUAUGACAGAUAAUGCAAUGGAGGAGGAGAUAAAUGACCUCCGUAAAGAACUAAAACAUAUGAAAAAACACUCCAAGGAAAUGGAGGAGGAAAGGGACCGAUCUAUCCAAGAAAAGCUACAGGAGCAUGAGCAGAAGUUCAGUCAGUUGGAAAAUCCUCGUCAGGAGGUUAGAAAGGAAGUAGAAAGUGGUUCUGGACUCGUGAAUGAGGUUUUGAUGGGCGCUAUAGUGUCUGUUGGAAAGGUUGCAUGGAAAGGAGUAAAAUGGCUAUUCAAUUUCUAA